AAGUUUCCUACAUGGACAAAAUAUAAAUAUGAUAUGAAACUUCUAACAAGGUUAUUUCCCCGAAAUGGUAUAGGAAGUAAAUACCAAAGAUCUAUAAUAAAAGAUCUACGUCCUUUUUUUAAGGGGAAGCUUCAAAAUCUGAAUGUUUUCAUUUCGAAACCUGCUCGUGAGUUGCUCAAUCUUGUCAGGGGCAAGCAUGUAAAAGAUGGAGAAUUGGAAGGUAAGGUGUAUAGAGCUUAAUGAUAACAAAGAUGUUAAGCUCUAACUGCAUUUGGGUAGUUUGAGAAUCAACAAUGGCUGCUAGUGAAUUUGAAUUCAUAAAUAUGGCACCCAAGCGUUUACCAGUCACAACAGAAAAUGGAGCCAUUACAGUGGAUCUGACAGUUUAUGAUCCGUUAACUCCAGAUGAAUUUCCGGAUUUCUCUAGUGUUGAUGGACUACAGGACCUUCGCUUUUUUUCAAACUAUCUCGAGGAGAUUCCUGAUGGCUUCUGUGAAGCCACACAACUUAGGACACUGGUUAUGAGUUGUAGUCCGAACAAACCAGACAAUGGCCUCUUACGUCUUCCAGCACAGUUUAGUUGCUUUGCAAAACUGGAAGAGCUACAUCUAGUUGGAAAUCAUUUUGAAAGCUUUCCCAUGCCCAUAUGCGACCUUACAAACGUAAAGAAGCUUUACAUGGAUAAUUGCACACUAAGAAAGAUCCCAAAAGAAAUUGGGAACAUGUCAAGUCUUGUCAUAGUGGACUUAAGUUACAAUAGUCUUGGUAGUUCCAACAGUUUGCCGAAGGAAUUUUUUCGUUUACCAAAUAUCAAGGAUUUGUACUUGAUAGACUGUCAGCUGAAUGAAUUGCCUCCUGAAAUUGGAGAACUGAAGAGCUUGGAAGGCCUUAGAAUAGGAAAGAAUAACCUUACAAGGCUUCCAGAAGAGUUUUUCAAUCUGGUCAAGCUCAAGAAGCUAAAUGCUGAACGUAACCAAAUCUCUGACUUAUCCCCAAAGAUCGGCCAGCUUACUGCUUUGACUUUGCUCUUGAUAAUGGAAAACAGGCUCACCACUUUGCCAGAUGAGAUCAAGAAUUUGGUUAAUUGCAGACACAUCAACUUGUUUGAUAACAAACUGACAUGCCUCCCGCAAUCCAUUGUUGAUAUGCCACUGCUUGAGUCAUUAAUCGUCGAUGGAAACCACAAUCUUAGGAGUCCACCUCUUGAUGUCUGCACACGUGGCCUAGACAGCAUCAGAGGCUAUUUUGAAUCUCUAGCAUCCGUUGACACCCAGGUUGUGCACUCAAAGCGUCUCAAAGUUGUCCUUCUGGGUGAAUCUGGAGCUGGAAAGUCAAGUCUUGCAUUUGCUCUGGUCCAUGCAAAAGCUCUUAUGUACCCAGACGGCAAGCCUCGUAGUACAGUUGGUGUGGAUUUCUACACUUGGAGACCAGUACCAGAUGGUGUGGAGUUUCACAUUGUGGAUUGUGCAGGACAACGGCGAUAUCAGUUGACUCAUCCAUUUUUUCUGUCUUCAGAGGCACUCCACAUCUUAGUUGUCGACCUCUUCAACUACGAGCCAGCUGAAAGCUGUUUUCGUAGAACUGUUGGUGAUUGGCUGGACCUGGUGACGUCACGCAUAUUGAAGCCACGGAUCAUGAUUGUUCCCACUCACCUGGACAAAUUUGGCCCUGAUGAUGGUAAAAGUGUUGUCAGCCGAUGUGAAGACAUCUUGGAGCGUGUUCAACAAUACUGCAAGAGUCAGAAAGCUAGGAUGGAAUAUGAAAUUGCUGAAAAGAAGAAAAAGGGUCUCAAAAAUCCUGUGCAGGGAGGCACUGAUCCUGAAUGGAAAAAGAAAAAUCCCCCUGUCAUUUCAUCUUCUCUUCAUCCCAGUGUUUUGCAUGACCAGUCUCAUCCAGAACCAAGUAAAGACAGCUACAUUGCUCUGGUUCCGGUCAGCAACAUCAGUGAACUAAAAGGGAUCGUGGUAUUGCAAGAUGAGAUCAUCCGCAUAGCUGAAGAUGGACAUCUCUUUCCUUCUGUUGGUAGAGAUUUGCCAGAAGAGUGGAUCAAGUUUGAAAAGGCACUGAAGGAGUGUAGAAAAAAACAACAAGUUCCUUGUAUGGCUUACGAAGAUUUUGAAAAGUUUGCCAAAGACCACACUAGCCUUUCACAGAUGGGCGUGCGCUCAGCUGUCACCUACCUGGAUUCAAUUGGGGAGCUAUGCUAUUACAGUGACAUUCCAUCUUUGCACUUUAAUGUGUUCAUUGAUCUGCGAUGGCUAUCUAAACUGGUGAAGAGUCUUUUUAGGCAUGAUCUGGAGAACACACUGCAGUACAAGGAAAGCUUUCAAAAAUUUGGAGUCAUUCGGGGAUAUUUUGAUCCACUCAAGGAAAAGCUUUUGAAAGAAGCAGUGUUGUCACAGCGUCUCUUAAGAUGCCUGUGGGAGGACAUCAGUCUUGAUGAGAACAUGUUUCUGCAGAUGGUUGAACUUCUUCACCACCUAGGACUUGCAUGUCGCCUGCCAUCAGAUGAUCCAGAGGAACUGAAUCUUUUAGUUCCUUGGUUUUUGAGCGAGUAUCCUGAUGCUGUUGAAGGUUUCUCCGAAAGCCUGUCUGCAGACCAGGCAGAGAUAAAUUUGCUCUUCAUGAUGGCAUACCUACCUCCUGGUUUGUUUGAUCGGUUGCGAGUUCGCUGCUGUUCGCUUGAGUUUGAUUACUGCAACUGGAAGGAUCAUGUGUUGUUGUUUGUAAAUGACCAUCGAGUCCUUGUCCGCAAACAUAAUUUCCCACCAGGAGCAGAGUCCAGCUCUCCAGCCAUUUACUUCAAAGGACGAGGGCCGAAAGAAGAAUUAGAACCACUGUGGGAGGUGCUGCUGAGACUUGUCCAGGAGACAGAUGCAUUGCUAAAGGAAUGGCAAAGGUUGAGUGUUGAGCGGUUUUCAUUGUGCCCUCCCUGCACAAGAAAGAAGAAGUCACCACCAUGCCUUUUCCCAUGUAAUUGGAUGAGUUCUGCUGCAUUAAAAAUGUCACAUGGUACACAGACUAAGAUGUGCAGAGGGAAAAUACUUUCUAAGGGAGAAAAGUUUGAUGCCAACCUUAUCUACCCUCCACCUGAUGUUGUUAAACGUUUACUGGAGUCACCAUGGCCGUCAGUCUCAGAACCAGUUUCAGAAGAUGUUCCUGACACCCUUAUGGCAGACCUUUCUCAGCUAAUGACAAGAAAUUGGAAGUUAGUGGCAGUAUAUCUGGGCUUCACACCUGAUCAUGUAACCACUUUUGAUUCAGAAGAUGAUUCUGUUUCCGAGAAGGUCAUUGCUAUGUUGAAUGAAUGGAAACAUAAACAAGCAAAGGAUGCAACAAGAAGCAACUUGAUGAAGGCUUUGGUGAAAGCUGGAAGAAAAGACCUGGCUGAUAAAGUUCGUUUCUACCAGGAGUGAUUACCAAAGCUAGUAUCUAGCUUGGUAUCAGAGACAAGUUAAUUGCAGUUGCAAAUAUUUCUCUUUAAGUGUUAAAUGCACAGUCAUGUACCUGCACCUUAAUUCUAUGUGAGAUAGGAUUCCUUCAUGCCAAGUCAAAUAGCCUCCUACUUAGAAAUUGUCAUAUUGAUGACACGGUACUCUUCACAAACCUAGCCAGGAAUAGGACUUAUAAGAUCAGAGUACAACUUUCUUCUCAAACAAACAUGUGCAGAUGGUUCACUCUAUGUCACUGACCAGCAGGCAAAGAAAGUUGUGUCUGAUGGCCAGGCUAGUGGAUUUUCAGACGGGCCAGUGGAUUCCAUCUGUGAACUUGUUGUAGUAGACUGUAAAUGGUCACUGUGAAGCUUAGUCUGUCACACAUGACAUGAAAGAAAAAGCACAGUAGAAAACAAUGACUGUGAGAAUGACUUUCAGGCCAGUACAUCAUAGCUACAGCUUGCUCAAAAGGCAAACCUUAACAUUUGUUGUUGUUGUUGUUUUUUUUUGUACCCUCCUGACUAUUAAAAUUUUAGGUCUUAGGAUAUUAUGUGAGUAGCCUGAUAUGUAUGCAGCAUGUAGGUUUGGAAAACCUCAUACUAUUCUAGUGCAGAUCAUUUCUCUGAGGAUCGAUCCUUAAUUGGGGCAACCUGCACUGUACCGUUUACAAGGUUCUUUUUAAUUGGCCAAACAAAACAAAAAAAUGCCCCUGGUCCCGAGAACUAAAGAGGUGCAGAUUAGCAAGAGCCACUCAAAAUAGAGGUUUCAAAGUGAUGCAGGUAAAAUGCCCUACUUGGGCAUUUUACACCAAAUUCAAACAUCAUUUAUCUGUAAAUUUGAAUUUCAUGGUUGUUAAAACACAGAGUUGUUUUAUAAACACGGUACAACAUUGAUCACUGCUUCAUUUAUUUACAGAAGUUGGAGGGUGGAAACUGCACGUUGAAUAAAUAGGCCAUUUUUUCACGUUUGUAAUGAUUUA